AUGCUCGAGUCCGACGCUUCGCCAGAGCAGCCUGAUCCGCUUGUCAUGUCCAACAGACCUGCACAGGGUACAGGCGAGGCGCCGCACCCCGCGGACGACCGGGCACUCGAACAGGAACACCUGGCAGACGACACUCGCUCGUCGCAUGGCGAGGAGGUCGGCGAGGGCGCGGUUGGACAUUGGUUGGCGGGUGAGGCAGGGCACGAGCGAGACGUGCUCGAGGCGUAUACGUUUGGGCGGACGCCAGCGCUCAAGCUGGGCGAGCCCGUCGGCGAAGGACGAGUGGAGAGCGGAGAUGGAAUCGUCCGCAGCGGCCACCUUUCGGAGCAACGGGUCAUCCGUCCGACGCUCUCACACCGGCCAAGCUCGCUCGCAUCGCGACUGAGUUCGUCGUCGACGGGCAGCGCAGGCGCACCGCCAGCACCGCGCCCGUUCGCCCUUCCUCCCGGUCUCGCCGCUCGUUCGCCUGUUCCUCCGCCUUCACUGUCUUCUGCCGCUUCGACCUCGACCAUCACUCGACAAGAUACAUCACAAUCCGGCGGACUCGCUCCAGCCUACAAAGCCGCGCCGCCGAAUGGCCAACCCCGCUCCGCCCGGAUCACCUACGAACCUCCCAUCCCUCUUGACGUCCAGCUCCUCCUCCUCACGACUCCUCCGCCUCCUCAGCGGAAGCGAGUCGUCAUCACCGCUCCUCCACAAGCGGGUGACGAGGCGGCAGCAGCAGAACGAGCGCGGAGAGCGCGCGAGCGAGACUUGCGGGACGAGAAGAGCCUCGUCCGUCGCGUCAAGGCGUUCCGCAUCAUCAACGACGGCGUGCGAAAUCUGAGUGGCCGGCGAGGAAGCGGAGAUGCCAGCGACGAGCUGCCCAUGGUGCCGCUGAAGGGCAGCGAGACACUCGACCUCAAUCGGCCGCGGAGGGAGAGUGCGGACGCGGGCAGUCGGCGAACGGGCAAAAUCGACAGUCACACGCCGGCAGACUUCGUGCCAAAGACGUGGAAGGACUUUGAGCAGGCGUACGCUGCCGGCCAGCUGGACAUCGAGGAUUCGCCAUUCCCGCCCAUCUCGCCUUCCUCGUCCAUCUCGACCGCGUUUCCUUCCCGAGGCCAGCCUGUCGACACGUCGAAACUCUCGCCGUACGAAGCGGGUCACUUUCCCGCCCCUCUCCACCUCUCGCCCGUUACGCACAUCCGAGAAAGGGUCAUCGCGCAACUUGACCUCCUUGGCGAGACCUACCUCCUCCCCGGGACUCCCGCUCCCGCCCAGCCUCCCUCCUUCGCCGCCUCUUUCGGUCCUAGCGCCGGCUCGUCCGUCGAAUCGUGGUCGAGCGGCCACCGGGACUCGCUCGCCCACUUUACCUCGUCAACAGGCUCAGGCAGACGCGAGUCCAACGCUUCGACUGCACCGUCGACGAUCUACUCGCACUCUCCAGCAAAGUCUCAGCACCCUUUUGCCGCCCCUUCAGUCUUCCCGACCUACGGAGCAUCGCACGCCUCGCCUUCAAUGCCAACCUACUCGAGCCGUGGUCUCUCCAGUCUUCCCGCCAGCCCCGUCGUCGACGGCUUGUCCGCCGUCAGCUUGCGCAACCAUCCGGCCCUUGUCUCGCUUCUCCACCGCGCCCUUUACGCUCCUCUCGGCUCACCAGCGCUCUUCAAGCCUGCGCCCAAAGCCGCCAUCAUUACCCUCUUCCCUUCCUCCUCUUCUCCUUCCAGCUCCGUCACCCUCCUCGCAUCCGUCAACCUCCCCGCUCGAAUCACCUCCUUCCCUCUCACUCACGCCCUUGACGCCCAUGUCCUCCUCAACGGUGAGCGAGGGCUCGUCAUUGCAGACACUGAGCGCGACUGGCGGUGGCGGCACAACGAGGUCAUCUGCUCGAGCGCUUCGAAUCCGAUUUACGGCCCCUCGAACGCUGCGAAACCUGGCCUUGGGAUCCGCUUCUAUGCUGGCAUGCCCAUCUUCGCUCCUUCGCUGCCCAACCUCGCGCAUCUCGAGGAAGAAGCAGGCGGACGAAUCGCGAUUGGUACGAUUGCGCUGCUGGACGACUGGCCGCGGAUGUCCAAGUUCGGCUCGAGCGAGAAGGCCAAGCUCCGCUCGCUCGCAAGCGAGAUCACCCGCGAGAUCGAGCAGUUCUUGCGCGAGCGCGAGAAGCACAACUUUGCUCGUCGCGGUUCCGUCUCGUCCUCUGGCGGCAGUCGGCGACCCUCGCAUGCUCACUCGGCCGCCAGUGCUGCAGCAGCGCAACAGGCCUCGGCGAACAUGGGCCGCACGCGUUCCGACAGUCACGCCAAGAAGGUCUCUUUCGACGCCGGCGCUGGUGGAUACGACGGCGGCUAUGUCGACUACAACUCGGUCAGCCGGCGAGGUUCAGUCGACGAGCGGGACCGGGCGCCGACGCCUGCGCCAUCUGGACCUUUGCCUGAACCGCCCGCCUCGUCCCCUCUCUCCUCGUACGGCCUUCCCCCAAUGCUCGCCUCGACACCCGCCUCGUCCAUCUUCGCCGCCGCCUGCACCUCUCUCGCCGACAAGCUCGACCUCGCGCUUGUCUACCUCGUCUCGCUCGACACGUCGUCGUGCCCGCCCGCACCCUCGGUCUCCGGCUCGCCCUCCCUCGAGCUCAUCGCCGCGCACAACCUCCCGCCCGACGCCAACGCCUCGUUCGACCCUUCUCUGCACCUCCGCGCACUGCGUGCACCGGAAGGAGGCCUGCUCUACCGCUCGCCAGCCGCAAGCUCCUCCGCCUCGCCGGCGAUGCGCGAAGCAGCCAAGGGCGGCUUCGCAAGCGGCAUCCUCCUCCCCGUCGCCGAAGUCGAGUCUCCCUCGGCUCGCGGGUGGGUCCUGGCGGGCUACACGAUGGACAGGAAGCGGCGGUGGGGCGAGGGCGAGAUGAGCGAGUUUGAGAAGGUGCGCGAGCAGCUCGCCAAGGUCGUCCUGUACAAGGAGGCGGCGUGA